CGCAGGCAUGCCGAUUGCGACCUAGCCGUUUUAACUAAUAGCAAAAUACGGGCACUUGUCAAUUUUAACAAUUACGUGUCCUGUUUGUAAACAUUGUCUUGUCAAGGAAGUUAUUAUAUUGCAAAUCCCACUGAGGUAAUAGACCUCUAAAGCCAACCAUGGCAGACGGUUUUGAUCCGUGUGAGUGCGUAUGGAACCAUGAAAGUGCUAUGCAGCGUCUUAUGAAUCUUCUGAGGAACUCCCAGGAUGCCUGUACGGACACACAGUGCUUCAAUGAGCUGCCUGGCGGGGACCAGAGCCCAGAUGGCGGUUUCAGCACGAUGAUGCUGAUGUUGUUUGGAUGGCUCGUCAUGGCUACGGCACUGUUCCUGUUCAGGCCGAGGAACAUGAGGAAUCUGGGGGACACCAAGCCGGCUAACAAUGAUCCCGGAAAUCCUCCGCCGCCAUCCCCGGGUGUGCACUAGGGGCCAUAACUCUGCACACAGUGAUAGCCACAUCUCCAUGCAAGGGGGGCUACUCCUGACACAAAUCAUCAUCUUUAAAAAAAAACAUCCCUGGUUGUGUGACAGUCAAAUUUAAAAUCAUUGUUUUGUGGAAAUUUUCUUUAGCAUUGUUCUUGUUUUUGUGUGAGUUAUCUUUAAUAUGCUGUCACUAGAAGAACAAUAAAACUCCAUACUGUGGAAGUGUAGAACAAUAAAACUCCAUAUUGUGGAAGCUAUCUUUAAUACCAUGACCACUGAGGGAGUUGCCUUUAAAACCAUAUCAGGUGUAGCAAGUGGAAUUUAGUAUUCAUGGAGUUAUGUUUGAAACCAUGGUGAAGAUGCAUCCUAUAAGUCAUAACUUGUGCAUAAUUACUAUCAUUAAAACAAUUCAUGAUUUUAUUACAUGAUUGUAUGAUAUGCAUGUUGUUAACGGUAGCUUUUUCAGUGCUAUUUGACUUCAAUUAGUUCUGUUUUAACAAAAGUCAACAUUACUGCUGAUCAGAAUUUUCAACUCUUGUAUGGAUAUUUGGCAUUUUGGUGAGGGAAAAUACAAAAAAAAAGAAAAGUAAAAAAAACUGUAACCAUGAGAGAUUGUACAUCGAAUCAAUGGGCAGGAUUUGAAAUUACGGAAUUUGAUGUAACAAUGCACUUGUAUUGUACAAACUUUCCUGAUUAAAGUUUUAAACACA